AUGGAACAUAAUUUAGCCUCAGCCUCGAGCCACAAGUUUUUAAAGAGAAGCACUUGCGGUUCCAUCAUCAUAGAGGAAAUUAGGACCUUCUUUAUAGCCUACAAGCCAAAACAAUGCCUAAUGAAUAUUUGUAUAUUGUUUUUCAUCUCCAAACCCGAUGUCUUCAAAAGCCUAAAUUCUGAGACCUACAUCAUAUUUGGAGAGGCAAAGAUUGCGGAUUUGAGUACUCAGCUUCAGACACAGGCGGCCCAAAAAUUCAGGAUGCCUGCCAUAGGUUCUGUGAUGGCAAAAUCAGAUAUUUCUGCCUUGACUGCUGCAGCACAACCAGAUGAGGCGGAGGAAAGGGAAGAUGAAGAGAUUGAUGAGACAGGGGUCGAGCUUCGUGACAUUGAUUUGGUAAUGACACAAGCUGGGGUGUCGAGAAGCAAGGCUCUCAAGACAUCUAACGGAGACGUAGUCAGCGCCAUCAUGAAGCUUACCACCUAA